GCGCCAUAUUGUGGUAACUGAGCUGUCAUUUUACUCGUCACAAAGUUUUGUUUUCUGAACACAAUCAAAUAGUUUUACGAUCAUGAGACCCUUCCAUCUUUCCGAUUCUCGUUGGAAGUCCGGUGGGCGACUGUCUGGAUCGAUUCAGUCUGGCCAGGACAUGACCCGGUUGACCUGUGUCAGCGAGAUGCCAGAACAAACGGUCAUUGUUGCUGGGUCUCCCGUAGCUCUGCCCAAGGUUGUUGGUAAGAAGACCCGACGGGGCAAGAAAGGGGGACGAAAACACAGAAAACGGCUGCAGGAGAAGCUGUUCCUGGAGACACUGGGGGAUGAGCGAGUCCAGGACAUCAGACGGGGCGUGGAAGCCUUGCACGUGGCCUGUUUGAGUGACGUCAGUGAGGGGGCGGGUCCUCACUUGACCAACACGUCCAUCCACGCCAGCCAAACUGGUAGCGCUGAACAGACUCCUCAGUGCGACUCCACACAGCAACAGGUAGCACUCCCCGACGGCUACAGCGCCACCUACAACAUCAACGAAUAUGGAUAUCAUCCAACUGGAUGUGGAUAUGCCACUGACAACUAUGCAUAUGCCCAGAAUGGAUACGAAUAUGCCAAUGACAACUAUGGAUAUUCUCCGUAUGGAUAUGGAUAUGACAUUGGCAGCUAUGGAUAUGCUCAGUGUGGAUACGGACAUGGCAGUGACAACUAUGGAUAUUCUCAGUAUGGCUAUGGAUAUGGAAAUGGUAGCUAUGGAUAUGCUCAGUAUGGACACAGAUAUGGAUAUUGAUAUAACAGCCAGAUUUCUCAGACUAUUCCUCAUGGUGCUUUCAAUAUGGAACG